AUGUCGAAUCCCGAUGACCCAAAAUCCAAGGAAAUCACAGAACCACCAAAGGUGGUUGCGCCACCAUCUACUACAGCUGCCGUUGAUGUGGAGAGCCAGACAUCGGGAACGGGGUUCGGGGUAUCCGCGAUUAUGAGGCGGUGGAGGAGAGAGGAUUUCUUGAAGAGAGGAUCAUUGGCUUUGCGUGGUUUUGGUUUGCUUUUUUCAUUGCUUGCUUUCAUUAUCAUGGCAAGUAAUCAACAUGGUGAUUGGAAGGACUUUGACAAAUAUGAAGAAUACAGGUAUGUCUUGGCUAUUGCUAUUCUGUCUACGUUGUAUACGGGAUUACAAGCUCUUAGGCAAGUUCAUGAACUUUGGACUGGUGGACAAAUGCUUUCGAGAAUGAACUUGGCAUUGCUGGACUUUUUUGGGGACCAGAUCAUGGCAUACUUUUUGGUAUCGGCAGCAUCAUCUGCAGUUCCAUUGACGAACAGGAUGAGAGAGAAUGUGGACAACAUUUUUACCGACUCCUCUGCAGCAGCCAUUAGCAUGGAGUUCUUGGCAUUCCUCUCACAGGCAUUGUCAGCUCUCAUCUCUGGAUAUAAGCUUUCUAACCAAUCUUACAUCUAAAUAAGCUGACUUCGUUUUUUACUAUUCUUCAUGUUAUUAUUACUUCAUUUGUCAUUCCACCAGAUACAUUUUCAUACACAUGGAUUUGUGUAUAAGCACGUGCAUUAGCAGAUCUUCAUUGUAUAGAGACAGGGUA